AUCUUACUCCUUAUACAAAGGACCAUCACUCCUUCAUCCAUACAUUCAUCCUUACACUGUUACGAUACUCACCACUAUCUCAAAUUAUGGGACUUGAUACUAUCGGACGUUUACGUUGAAGCUAUCGCGGUCAAGGGUCAAUUCCCAAGCCUGAAGGUCGCAGGAGCCUAGGCUAAGGAGUUUCACCAAUUCGUCGACGUCUCUGCCUGCCGUAGACGUUAACCUACUUAUUGCAGCCUGCUGAAUCUUCUGAUCGAGGCAUCGUCCUUUCCUAACUCAGUUGUUGUAGAGUCUGUUAUGCCACCAUGGACAGACUCCCCGAGGAAAUCGUCGUGGACAUUCUUGACCAUCUUGAACCCAAAGAUCUUAUCUCGGUCCGAAAGACAUGCACUACCUUGGCCAAGUCAGCACAUAUCAACCGCCUGUGGCGGAACAAGUGCUUUGAAAAGUCACCCAGUGCCUCGAUGAGAAGGAAUCCCGGUACAUUGACCGAUUUGACUUCUGCGUUACAAGGUCUGACCUUAUCAGAACGGACUCCUGCCACACGCAACCAUCAGUCUGACUCGGACGGCUUGAUGCGAGAGAGCCCACGGGCUCGAGCAAUUAAUCAAUGGGAUCAAUCUGCCCAAGAUGAAAUUGUCGAUUGGUACUCAGAGUACAAAAGUCGACAUGCGCCUCUCAGUGCUGACUGGGCGGUCCAACCCCCUGCAAGGCAGCUUGAAAUCAAAGGCGUCGCAACUCUCGGUGGGUCCGAACAUGCUGUUGGCUAUCUGGAAGAUGCCAGUAUCUGCCUCUGGGAUCUCAGUGCGAGCUCUACCGGGCGUAGAACAAUGACAGAGAUCGGUCGGAGCAAACCUGGAGUCCUGUUCACAGACGGCUCACAAGCGAGCGAGUCAUUGGUUGUCGAUUGUGUCAGUACCGUUUCGUCUCAACAAAAAGCUUUCAUUGCCAUUGGUGAUAUAUUGAACGAAAUCGAUCUCAACACACUGAAGGUGGUAUCCCAUUCAAAAUACGCCUACCCGAUAACAGCCUUGUCACAGUCUACUGGAUUUGAUCUUCCGCUGACGGUUGGCACGCAAUGGAGUCUACAUAUCCUUGACCCCAGGCUGUCGGUGUCCAUAUUUUCAAAGUCACCUUCGGAAUGCGUUGAAGAGGUUCCUGCAGUGUCAGGAAAGUCAACCGCUAUACUUCCGGAUUUCUCGCAAACCUCAAUAUUUGCUCCGUCGUCGAACUUUGGCCCUGCAGCGCCAUUCACAUCCGACCAUAACCCUCCUGCUUGGACCCCAAGGGUAUCCAAUCUGCCACCUUCUCACCACCGGCAGAACCCUCACUGGAUGGCAUAUGCUAGAGUAGAGCCCGGGCCACUCUCUAUCCUGCACCACGCGGACAACGAAAUCCUACUUGCCGGCAGGUUCUCCAGCAUCCUAUCGUAUGAUCGCCGCUUCUUCCCACGUCUUCAGUACGUUAUACACUCUGGAGGAAGUCUGUCAUCCCUUGCCAGCAUCCCACAUCCACCGGCGGGAUCCCCGGCCAGCGUUUCCGGAGGUUCGACUCUGGUUGCUUGUGGUGAGUACAGAGGUCGCGGCUCAUUGGAACUAUAUUCUCUUCCACACACCAAGCCUGGACAGCCCAGUCUGAAUGAAGAUACAAUCUCCAGACAGCCAUCAACCGACGACAUUCUUGACCUUGGCAGGACGCCCAGCACCAGCUCAGACGGUACUCUCUUCAGUUACAAGAACAGACAGGAAGCAGCCAGCUCCAAACUGCUGUCGGUCGCUUCUCAUGGCACCAAGAUUGUCUUCUCCGAUUCAGAGGGUGGCCUCAAAUGGGUUGAGCGCGACGGUCGCAGCUUGGUUCGGAAGUGGAACCUGAACGACUUCGAAGUCAGCGAGACCGGCGCCUCCAUCCAUGGAGACAAAGUCGCGCGGAAAAUCAUCCCGCUCGAGAGCGCCGACUCGGAAUACAGACAGCGUGGGGAUGCCGAUUUGUUGAUAUGGACAGGCGAGAAGAUCGGCAUCAUCACGACGAACCCGCAGUUUAUGGAUCACCAAGAAAUGGUCAAGGCACUCGAAGAGGGCGAAGAUGCCAACGAGAGAGAAGAGAGGGAGAGAGCCGAAGAAUAUUCUAAGACAAUGCGGCGAGCCUUGGAAAGACAGGCGGAUGAGAGAAGGUGGAUGAGUCAAUUUAGACUUAAAAGGGGAUAUUUCUAGAUUUGGGUUGCUGACAGAGGACUGGCAGUAAGCACUUGGUUAGACAAGACAGGCCAGAGCUGGCUAGAAAGGCUCCAAGGCUACGCUUUCUGCCAAUGCGAGUACAUACAUAGGUGGAGUUUGAAAUGACUAGAAGGAUAAAGCGAUACAUUGAGUCAGGGAUGUAUCAAGAAUAGCCCUAGGUAUGGAGUACUUGGACGCUGUAGAUAAACAUCCGUAUGUGUAGGUGGUGUACUGGGGUCAGGUACCUGACUCUAUAGUGGGUACCGUAUGUACAUUCACCACAGUGGAUCAUGUUAGAUUUUAGACGGGUAUUUACAUAGCACCCCGUACGAGUACUUGGGAAUAUAUACAUUGCCUCGAAGAAGGGGUACGGGGGUUGGCCUUACUUAUGGAGUAGUAUCUUCGUGUCUACCUACUUACGGAGGAGUUGUCAUAAGACCGAAAGCUCCGUCGCGACCGUUCCUGCGUUUCUGGUUUCAACCCUCGGCUGAAAUGUC